GAAAGAAGAGAGAGAGAGAGAGACCAUGGCCUCCGCCGUCGUUUGCAAGGGCGAGGGUGCCGCGCCGGCCAGCCUCCUCAAGUCCGGUGCUCCCGUGGCCUUCCGCUCGGUCGACUCCCCCGCCGUCACCGCCGCCCGCCGCCCGUACAACACCAAGGCCAAGGAGGUCAGCCGCUACGACGACGACGACGACGACUACUGCGCCCGCGACCUCGUCACCCCCAGCUUCUUCUCGCAGGACGUGCUCGACUCGCUCGGCGCGCCGACCAGCAUGGCCCGUCUGCUGUCUCUGAUGAAGGACGUCGCAUCUCAGACCGGCGGCCUCUCCUCCACUGCUGGUGCUGGGGCGUCGCAGCUCAGACGCUGGGUGGCCAAGGAGGACGACGACGCGGUGUACCUCAAGGUGCCGAUGCCGGGGCUGACCAAGGACCACGUCAGUGGCGGAGCCAGGAUUGAAGAAAGCCCCGGGCCUAAAAAAAAUUUGGCCGCAAGGGGAAAUCUUAAUGUCGAUAAGCCUGUGAAACUUUUCACGCCCCGGGCCUGGGCCCUGGGUGCCCGGGGCCCAGCUCCGCCCCUGGACCACGUGAAGGCGCGCGCGGACAAGAACAUCCUGGUCAUCGAGGGCGAGGGCGAGAAGCAGCCCUGGGACGGCGACGACGACUCCGCGAUGCCGAGGUACAACCGCCGCAUCGAGGUGCCUGCUGCUGACGCGUACAAGAUGGACAAGAUCAAGGCCGAGAUGAAGAAUGGCGUGCUCUGGGUCACCCUGCCCAAGGUCAAGGAGGAGGAGCGCACGGACGUCUUCCACGUCAAGGUCGAGUAG